AUGGUUAUUAAGUGCACAUUAUGUACUAAUAAGUAUGGACCCUUGUCAAUUAAUAUUACUUUCCAUAGAUUUCCGAAGGAUUACGAAAGAUUUAAUAAGUGGGUUAAUUUCUGCCGUCGUCCGGAUCUUUUGGAAAAGGGUCCAUCCAUUUGUAAUAAAACAUAUAAAUUAUGUUCUGAGCACUUCGUUGAAACAGAUUUCAACAAUAAUGGUUGGUUGAUUAAUAGUGCAGUGCCUUCUAUAUUCAACUGGCCUGAUGCAGAGUUGCAACAAAACAGCAGUUUAAAAAUGAUUCCCGAGGAAUCCAUCCCUAGUACUAGUAGUACUUCAAGAAUAAUGGCUGAUUCUAUUGACAUUUAUAGUAAUUCUAUAUCGUCUAUUAAUUGGUCAAACAUAUCAGCCGUAUCUUGUUCAACUCCUAAAACCAGCUCUGUGUCGAGAUCAUUAUCAUAUUCUUCAGGCAAUAGUUCCACAGCCACUUCUAAUUCUCAAACCCAAACACAUCAGUGUCUGUCAAGUAACACACCAAGAAAGGAUAAACUGAACAAACUGCUAAGUAUCCAAAAAAAUAAAUUUAAUGAUCUUCAUAAACAAUUUCUUACACUAAAAAAACAUUGUUCUGACCUAGAAAAAAAGUCUUCAACAUUAGAGUUUUUUCAUUUAAUGUGCGACAAUUUUCUGAAUAAGGGUUUUGCGAAUUUUGUUAAAAUACAGUCCAAACUAACAUUGCAAGAUCCCCAUGGACAUAGGUAUUCUUAUGAAAUAAAACAAUUUGCACUCAUGGUACAUUUUAUGGGUCCUAAAGUAUAUAGAUUUCUACGGAAAUCCUGGAGUUUGCCUUCUGUUAGAACUUUACAAAGAACUACAGAAAAUUGGGAAAUUAAUCCUGGUUUGAAUGACUUUUUAUUUAAAGUUUUAGCAGUGAAAGCAAACUCCAUGACAGUGAAGUCCAAAGAAUGUAUCUUGUGUGUAGAUGAAAUGUCGCUUAAAUCUUUUCUUUACUUUGAUUUCAAAAAAGAUGAAAUAAUAGGUUUUCAUAAUACAGGAUUCAUUAAGUCUUGCGAUGUUACUAAAUCAGUCAUGGUCAUUAUGAUCAGUGGUUUGUAUAGUUCUUGGAAACAACCUAUAGGCUAUUUUUUUGUCGCUACUACUUGUACUGGAUAUGAUCUGCAAAAUAUAAUCUUUCAAACUGUUCAGAUAUUGUCCAAUAUUUCUUUUAAUGUAGUAGUCAUGAUUUCUGAUUUAGGCUCAAAUUUUAAGCACUUCGCAGAUCAACAAGGCAUUACCCCCCAGACCCCUUACUUUAAUGUUGGAGACAAAGAAAUUGUUUACAUGUUUGAUCCACCUCAUUUAUUAAAGGCAACUAGAAAUAACUUUAAAUAUAACAUUUUAAAUAUCUACAUUUAUGUAUGA